AUGUCGAGUCGAGGUCGGUCAAACAAAGGCAGUAAUGCCGGCGGUAGUGAAAGUGGUGCAGUCGGUAGUGUGCGAGUGGUGGUCACAAAUGAAACAAUUGAACCGGAGGCAACAUUUCCUGGUCGGGCGUGUCGAGUUUGCCGGGCCGAUGACAACGAGGAGAUGGUGAGGUGUGAUAUGUGUAUCAAAUGGUUUCACUUUGCCUGCGUCGGUGUCACUCAAGCCAUAGAGAACGAGCCUUGGAACUGUGCAGAGUGUACAAAAUCGGUGCAAAUUGCUGAAGCGGUAGUGAACCCAAGUGAUGGUGGUGUAAAAAAGAAACCGAAUGUUGGAAUCGAUGGUGACAAAUUGCAGCUUCCACUUCAUCAGGAAUCAAGUGAUUUGCAGACACCCAAGACGUCGAACGCCAACAAAACAGGAACGCAAGAGAAGCAAAAGACAGCUACAAAGAAGACGGCGCCAAAAGGACUACGGAAGGACAGCAACAAGCCGCAUCCAAAAGGAAGCCACCAAGUUGCCGCGAAGGAACCCGACCAGAAGCUGAUGAAAGGUACCGGAAGGCUGCAGAAGCUGGAAGAAGAACGGAUUUUGAAUGCCAAGAAGCUGGAACAAGAACGAGUUUACCUGGAGGAGAAGUAUAAACUGCUGGAAGAGAUGGCUAGUGAAAACGGAUCCGACGUAAACAGUGUUUCGGAGGCUAUAGGCGAAUGGUGUCCCCGAGCGCAAUCAAGCCACCGUUCGCAAAUGGAAGAUCAACGACCAGCUUCAAACGAGUUUCCUCACUUUGGUGCAAAUCCCCCCGUCAACAGCAGAUGCAGAUCGUUCAUCGAAGAGCAAGCUAGUGUUCACCGUGAAACUCCACAGUUCAAUAGCCGUUUACCAGAACGCGACGAAGAUUGCUGCUCGCUAACUAGGAAACAGAUAGCAGCCAGACAAGCCGUGUCCAAGGAUCUGCCCCAGUUUUCCGGCAACCCCGAGGACUGGCCCCUAUUUAUUGCAACAUUCAACAGUACUACGACAAUGUGCGGCUACACGAACGAUGAGAACAUCUUUCGGCUGCAGAAAAGCCUGAAGGGGCGAGCCUUCGAAGCUGUGAAGAGUCGCCUGGUGCACCCUUCUAACGUCCCGGGUGUGUUGAAGACGUUAAAAAUGAUGUUCGGGCAACCAGAGGCUAUUGUACACACGCUCAUCGAGAAAAUCAACUCCCUGCCGGCCAUAAGAGAAGACAGGCUAGAGACACUAGUGGACUUCGCCGUACAUGUGGAGAAUUUUUGUGCAACCGUGGACGCCUGCGGCCUGGAUGAAUACCUGUAUAACACUACCCUCCUACAUCAGCUUGUCAGCAAACUACCUCCAACAAUCAAGCUGAACUGGGCACAAUACAGGCUCUCUAUUCCAGGAAUCAACCUAGCAGCUUUCAGUUCCUGGUUGUAUUCCCUUGCCGAAGCAGCAAGCACAGUGACUAUUCCGAACAUCGCCAAUACAAGACCAGCUCGGAGUGAAAGUCGAGGCACGAAGAAGGGAAAUGCCUUCGUAAACGCCCAUUCCGAAAAUGCUCCUGAAGAACCCCGUACAUCUCACAGUUCAAAUGGAAAGAAUCCUAGUGCUAGCGGUGAAUGCAUUGUUUGUAAGGGAACUUGCAAAACAGUCGACAAGUGCAAGCGCUUUCUGGAGUUUUCUCGAGAUUCACGUUGGGCUACAGUACGAGAGUUCGCACUUUGUCGACGUUGUCUCUGCCGCCACAAUGGGCUGUGUCAAGCCAAACCCUGCGGAAAGAACGGAUGCCAGUUCAAACAUCACGCGCUGCUGCACAACGAUCAAAAACAGCAAUCCACAGCGGAAACGCCGUCCUCUUCGACAGCAGUGUCUUCAGCAACAGGCGGUAAGGAUUUUCCAAACGCUGCGACGAGCUCAACAGCGCACAGUUGUCACACGCACCAGACAAAAUCAAGCGACAUAUUGUUUCGCUAUCUUCCAGUAGUACUGCACGGCAAGCAUAGAUCGAUCCGUACAUUCGCUUUCCUGGACGAUGGUUCGGAUCUUACGUUGCUUGACGAAGAAUUAGCCGACGAAUUAGAGCUGGAUGGAGAAACACGAUCGCUUUGUCUACACUGGACUGGUGGCACGCAGCGGCAAGAAGUGAAAUCCAAGGUCGUCGAAGUGGAAAUAUCCGGUGUACAUAGUGGAGCCAAACGAUUUGCGAUCAACGGUGCACGAACAGUGAACGAGCUUUUGCUUCCGUUCCAAACAUUAGACAUCGAGGAGCUGUCGUCGUUACACCCGCACCUGCAAGGACUUCCAGUCAGCUCAUAUCAAGGCGUUCGACCACGGAUCCUGAUCGGACUUAAGAACCAACAUCUUAGCCUAGCCCUCAAGUGCCGGGAAGGUAAACCGAACGAUCCUGUCGCCAUCAAAACCCGACUCGGCUGGACAAUCUGUGGAGGAGGAACAUCGGAAUCUGCAACCAGCCCAGUUCACUCAAUCUACCACAUUGCCGCCGGUGAUGACCAUUGUCAGACGGACGAGAAUCUUCACCAAGUUAUCAAAGACUAUUUCGCGCUAGAUAGCUUGGGGAUUAUGAAGCCAACCAAAGCGCUGCUAUCCGUCGAUGAUCAAAAGGCACAAGCUCUCCUUCAAUCACAAACCAAGUUUACUGGAGAACGCUACGAAACCGGCUUACUCUGGCGUUCCGAAGCGGUACGUCUGCCGGAUAGUCAAGCGAUGGCACAACGACGUUUCCAGUGCCUGGAGAAACGUAUGAACAAGGACGAAACGCUUGCCGAAACAUUGAGGGAAAAAAUGGCGGAUCAUCUGAACAAAGGUUACAUACGAAAGCUAUCCGAUGACGAACUGAGCCAAAACCAUCAGCGCGUUUGGUAUCUUCCAGUGUUCCCAGUGACAAACCCAAAUAAACCGAGAAAGGUGAGAAUCGUUUGGGACGCAGCAGCCAAGGCUUUCGGAGUAUCACUAAACUCUGUUCUGCUAAAGGGUCCUGACAAUCUUUCCUCAUUGUUCACUGUGUUGAUCCGUUUCCGUGAGCAUCUCAUCGCCUUAACAGGAGAUAUCCGCGAGAUGUUUCACCAAGUCCUUGUUCGCAAGGAAGAUCAACAGUGCCAGCGCUUCUACUGGAGAGACGAUGUGCUAGUGAGCGUUGACACUGAGGAGGAAGCAAUCAAACUUGCAGAAGAUGUAAGGUUCGUGCACUCGCAAGGUGGGUUCGAAAUCCGAAACUGGACCAGCAAUUCGCAACGGGUAUUGGAAGCUCUACGUGGCAGCAACACCGAGGAAAAGAACCUGAACUUGUCACCCGAAAUGCUGACUGAAAAAGUGCUUGGCAUGUGGUGGUGUACAGCGUCAGAUGUCUUCACCUACAAGAUCGGCUGGGAUCGCUACGAUCGUGAGCUCUGGGAAGGUCAUCGUCACCCUACGAAACGAGAGGUUCUACGUAUUCUCAUGACAAUAUUUGAUCCUCUUGGGCUCAUCGCACCGUUCCUUAUGUUCCUCAAGAUCCUGCUUCAAGAAAUCUGGCGUAGCGGCAUCCAGUGGGACGAUAUCAUUGACGAGAACGCCUUCGCCAAGUGGCGCAGUUGGCUGCAGGUUCUACCACAAGUUGAACUAGUUCAAGUACCACGAUGUUUCCGGCCUCAACUUGCUCCGGCAUAUGACGAAGUUCAACUGCACACGUUCGUUGAUGCGAGCGAAAACGGCAUGGCUGCCGCGUGCUUCCUGAGAUUCACACGGAAUAAAGACGUAUGGUGUCGUUUAGUUGCAGCCAAAACAAGAGUUGCUCCCUUGCGAUACCACUCGAUCCCAAGACUUGAACUCAUGGCAGCAGUCAUUGGUACAAGGCUCUCUACAACAGUUCUCGGUUCCUUGUCCUUCAACGUAAGCAAGCGCGUCUACCAUUCGGAUUCCAGAGACGUGAUUUGCUGGCUGAAUUCGGAUCACCGCCGUUACACGCCAUUCGUUGCCUGCCGAGUCAGUGAAAUCCUAGAAGCAACAGAACAGAAGCAGUGGCGCUGGGUCCCGACGAAGCUGAACGUGGCAGACGACGCCACGAAGUGGGAGAAGUUUCCGGAUAUGACGCCAGAAUCCAGAUGGUUCAUCGGCCCAGAUUUCUUGAAGCUAUCUGAAGAAUUAUGGCCAAGCCAACCGAACAAAGUUAUCAAGACAGAAACUGAACUUCGGGCCUGCCUGUUAGCCCACUUCACAUCGCCUGAUCCAGCUAUCAACGUCUCUAGCUGGAAGCGGAUGCUUAAAGUAGCGGCACUUGUACAUCGUUUCCCUGCAAACUGCCGUUUGAAGAAGCAGGGGAUGCCAGCCCUCUUCGGAGCCCCAUCUACCGAUGAAAUCCAGUCCGCUGAACGCUACGUCAUCCGACAAGCACAACGUGAGGCGUAUCCGGAAGAAACAGCUAUUCUCCUUCAACAGACGAAAACCGUUUCCAAAACCAGUCCACUGUUCAAACUCACCCCUUGGUUGGACAGCAAUGGAUUGAUGAGGAUGCGGGGAAGAAUCGGUGCCUGCGCCCAGGCUCUAGAAGACGCCAAGAAUCCGAUCAUUCUUCCACGUGACCACCACACUACCCGACUUAUAAUCGCACACUACCACAACAAAUACAACCACCAGAACCACGAGACCGCUUUGAAUGAAAUCCGACAGAGGUAUUGUAUACCUCGAUUACGAGCGACUUAUUCGAGGGUACGACACAACUGCCAACAUUGCAAGAACCACCGUGCUGUACCACAGCCUCCAAUUAUGGCCGAUCUACCUCCAGAACGACUUGAUGCCUUCGCUCGACCAUUCACACAUAUGGGCAUAGAUUAUUUUGGACCGAUGGAAGUAGUCGUUGGCCGUCGAGCAGAGAAGCGAUGGGGAAUGCUGAUCACUUGUUUGACCACUCGUGCAGUCCACAUCGAAGUCGUAAACACGUUGAGUACCGAUUCCUGCAUCAUGGGUCUUCGUAACUUCGUAGCGCGUCGAGGUUCACCUAGGACGAUCUAUAGUGACCGCGGGACUUGUUUCAUCGGUGCGAGCCGUGCACUGGCCGACGCGGAAAUGGAAAUCAAUCACGAUGAGGUGAUGAAGGAGUUUGGCGGAGCCGAGAUGACCUGGAAAUUCAUUCCCCCAGUAUCGCCACACAUGGGCGGUAGCUGGGAACGCCUGAUAGGCAUUGUCAAGCGGAACUUGACAGCAAUUCGACCCUCGCACAAGCCUAAUGACGAAGUGCUACGGAACCUUCUAGCCGAGAUCGAAAACACUAUCAACUCUCGACCCCUAACACAUGUACCACUCGACGAUGAAUCUGCACCCGCUCUCACACCUAAUCACUUUCUCUUGGGGUCGUCCGAUGGAACAAAGUCACUGUGUCCGCUCGACGACACUGGGACUACACUACGACGAACCUGGAGAAUGUCUCAACAACUUGCCAACCAAUUUUGGAAGCGUUGGCUAUCCGAUUACUUGCCCGAGAUUACUCGACGAACAAAAUGGUACACUAACACGAAACCGAUCGAGAUUGGUGACGUGGUGGUGAUUGUUGAUCCGAAGCUACCCAGGAACUGUUGGCCUAAAGGGAAGGUCAUUGGAACCAGUGUCAACCAGAAGGAUAACCAGAUCAGAGCGGCCACCGUACAAACAGCGACUGGAGUGUUCGAGCGUCCCGUAGCUAAGCUAGCCGCAUUGGAUGUACGGCGCGACAAAGAACACACAACUUUGAUAGUCUACCACGAACGUAUUCCGCACAAGCAAGGAUCCCUGGACGGACACAAACCAACCAACGUGUGGUCUCUUUGGCUUUCCUGCUGGAUCGGGUGGCAGCAACCAGCACAGCACACUCACUCAGCCGUUCGCCAGGAUUGCGAAAGUGUCGUUGCUUUCCUCGCACACUGGACACCACCUCCCGCCCCGAUAAUGAUCCUUGUCACCGUCCGUACCGGACCGACGGUGGCGGUAGCGAGUCAGCAACAACAGAGCAAAUAG